UUUGAGAGGGUGACGAUGCCCUCUCUGGAGAAGCAUCGAGAUUCCAGUGCUUGCUUUUUCUUUCUUCUCACUAAAAUCCCUCCAUUUUCCGUGCUGCUCCUUCACUCCAACUCGCUCCACGCUCCACACCACAAGUCAGUCAGUCUCCCUCCAGCCAAGCGCAGCCAGUUUUCCUCUCUCCAGUAUUUUCGCAGUUUUCGUAAAUUUUAUAUUUUCGAAACUCCUCAUCAGCCAGUCACACCCCUUUUCGAGUCGGUUGUCAGUAUGGGUCCUAAGAAGGCAGGGGGUAAAGGUAAAGGGUCAAAAGGACCAUCGAAACAGCCAAGCGAAGUUGGUGAUAUGGAUUUAAAUAUUAAUGUCGAAAUCGAUCAAGUGGAAGAAGGGGGUGAGAUAGUGGCCUCACUCCCUGUUCAAGAAGAAGAAGCCAAGAGCAGCUCGAAUAACGAUGGAAAGUCCAAGGGCAAAGGAAAGACGGGUGAGGUACCUCCCCAAACCGAGAAAAAAGGAACCACCAUGGAUGCUGAAGUACUUGUCGCCUCCGCGACUUCCUCGGACGAGAAUGUUGAAGAGGAUGAUGAAAAGGAUAAAACCCAAAUCAUAGCUUCUCCCAAGCGUAAAGCAACUGUGGAAGAUGCAGCAGGACCAAGCGAAUCCAAAAAGAAGAAGGACGACGACGGAAAUCUUCCUUCGACGAAGGCAAAGAAAGGUGCUAAAAAAGGGAAAUCUUCAAAAACUGGGAGUGUAGUAUCGGAAUUAGGAGAAAAUGCCUCUGCCGGUAAGGCGAAUGUCAAUGGAACUGAUAAAUUAGUCCUGGGUGCCAUAGCCCAGCUUGAAGAUAUACUCUCGGAUGAUGAGAACGAUUCUUCUAAACCUGUAGUCGAAGCUAAUGGGGCGUCAUCGGCUCCGGAGAAAAUGGAAUCAGAAGGAUCAGUAGAGCAAAGCGAAGAAAGUGAAGACGGGGCCUUGCCAACCCAAGCUAAACCGACGAGAAAGGUCAGAGGCAAACCUAAGACGGCAACAACAUCAGCACUGAAAGAAGUGAAGGGUAACGCUCGCAAAGUAAAAGGCGCCGAACCAGUGCGCACAAAUCCUCGCCGGAACUGCAAAACUGAUGUCAGUUACAAACCUGGCAACGAAUCUCAAGAGAAAGCCAAAUUGGCUGGCACGUCCCAGGAAAAGCCAAAAGCGUUCCGGAUAAAUAAGAAGAAUCUAAAGGAAAAAAGUGCAAAAUCUGAGGAACACGAGUCGGAAAAUGAAGAACGUGAGGUUGAGGAAGCACCGAAACCUAAAAGGUCUGGCAAAACUACAACCGCUGCGAAGAAACAAAUGCCUGUCGCCGCUGCCCCUGCCGCCAAAGGACGCGGAAAGAAGAAAUAGUGUGAAAAUCAUACAAAUCACUUUCUGUUCAAUGUAUUUUUCGUAAGUUUAGCUUUAUAUUUAAAUUUACGUAAUUUUCCCAUGAUUUAUUCUCUUAUGUAAUGACUUAAUACUUUAAUACAUUACUAAAAUUUCAACCUGAUCCGUUGUUUUAUAAAAAUGAAAUCAUUUUGUAUCAUCAUCUAACAUCGAGAUUAAAGUAAAUUUCACCUGACACCACUUUGUACAAAUAAAAGGAGUAAGAAGCUAUUCAAAAAUUAA